UCUCCGUUCCUGUCGGUGGAACGGAGCAGACACGGGCAGGAACCCAAACAGGAACCCAACCAGGAACCCAACCAGGAACCCAACCGAGAGACACUACUGACAGCAGUGUUGGUGGCGUUGCACCGACCAGUCAGUACUCAUGACACCGAGUUGCCAUUUUGUUUGGAACAACACACAUGUUGACUUAAUGCUUAAAAAGCCCGGGUAGCUACACCUGUGCAGAGACCACAGUGGGUUGUGUUUUUUAUUUAUUUUUUAUUUUGCAUGAAAGAAAAUGUUUCGAGCGCCUUUUUCCUGCAGGAAAGCGAAGUGUAACACGUGUAGCUGGUGUGUGGACCAAUCAGUCCCAGGCCCCGGCAGAGCCUAUAAACGCGAGCCGGUUGCCGUAGAGACGCCUGCGACUGAAGGACGCAACAGCCCCGUGACACGGCAGGAAAACGUUUGAUGAACACUAAGUUGCAGCAAAGCAUACGACCAACUGUUUCCCCAUGAAUGGCCUUUGGACAACACAAUGACUGAUGUGAAAGUCUGGCCCACUGUUAGAGGAAAUCCCCCUCCGCCGGAGGUCAUAAAUCCCAAGAGUCCUGGACGUGUAACCAACCAGCUACAGUACCUGGAGAAGGUUGUGAUCAAAGCUUUAUGGAGGCAUAACUUUUCGUGGCCCUUUCGCCAGCCAGUUGAUGCAAUAUCACUGGGUCUCCCGGAUUAUUAUACAAUCAUAACAAAGCCUAUGGAUCUGAGCACCAUUAAGAAGCGUCUUCAGAACAAAUACUACUGGCAAGCACUUCAAUGUAUACAAGACUUCAAUACAAUGUUCACCAACUGCUAUGUGUACAAUCGGCCUGGGGAUGACAUUGUUUUUAUGGCACAGACUCUGGAGAAGCUUUUUUUGCAGAAAGUGUCCACAAUGCCUAAGGACGAGUGUGACAUUACAGCUAUCACUACAAAGGACCCAAUGAAAGGGAGAAAGACAAAUGCAGGUCCAAUUAAGCAGAGAUCCCUUGUGUCAGAAGUCGUUCUCCAGCAGACAGUGACAGUCAUUCCACCUGAUAUGAGUCAAUUCAUCCCGCCCACCCAGCUCUCACAGAUUGAUGCAACAAAUAUCCAGAUUAAAAAGGGUUUUAAGAGGAACGCAGACAUCAUGACCUCCACCACCUCAGUCAUCACCAGUGGUGACGUAUCCCUUGCUGAGGAUCAAUCAGCACCUUGCACAUUAUUCUCCAGGAGAGGCAGUGGAAGGCCCAUCAAACCUCCAAAGAAAGACUUGCCUGCCUUUGAGGGCAAGAAGACCAGACUGUCUGAGCAGCUUCGGUGCUGUAAUGACAUCCUGAAGGAGAUGCUCUCAAAGAGACACUAUGCAUAUAGUUGGCCCUUUUACACCCCCGUUGAUGCGGUCGCUUUUGGCUUGCACGACUACCAUGAUGUCAUCAAGCAGCCUAUGGACCUGAGCACCAUCAGGAGGAAAAUGGAUCAACGAGAGUAUGCAAAUGCAAAGGAAUUUGCCGCUGAUGUCCGACUGAUGUUCUCCAACUGUUACAAAUACAACCCACCCACGCAUGAGGUGGUCAACAUGGCAAGAAAACUGCAGGAAGUUUUCGAGGCCCGAUAUCUGAAGGUUCCCCAAGAAGAGUGUUGUCCCAUACCUCAUCAGCGAGUUGACAAGGAAGAAAAAGACAGAGCUCAGAGUUCAACCUCUGAAAGUGAAAGCUCCUCAUUGGCAGAGAGUUCCUCCGAAGAGGUGGCCAUGCAGCUGGCCAAUCUGGAGGAGCAGUUAAAAGCUGUCCGUGAUGAGCUGAAGAGACUUACCAAAGAGCCCCUGAUUAAACCUAAGAAGAAAGACAAGUUGAAAAGGGAAAAAAGAGCCAAAGAAAAGGAUAUCGCUCGACUAAAGCACAAGUCUUCAAAAUACAAGUCUGCUGUAAAAAAAAUGGCAAAACACAAGAGCUCUACUUUGCACGACAGCAGACACAAUACUCAUGAAGUGACUUUAACAUGUGAGGAUGACGCUUCAUCAAUACCAGUCACUUACCAGGAGAAAAAACAGUUGAAGUUGGACAUCAACAAGCUGCCUGGUGACAAACUGGGCAAGUUGGUGAACAUCAUUCAUGCCAGGGAGUCCUGCCUGCGGGAUUCCACUCUGGAGGAGAUCGAGGUUGACUUUGAGGUGCUGAAGCCCUCCACGCUGAGAGCCCUGCAGAGGUUUGUUGCAGCAUGUCUGAGGAAAUGCAGCGAGGACGUUCGCAAAAACAAGCUGGUGAAGCCCACAGGAAGUUUGCUGACUGGGAAACUAAAGGAUGCUGGGACAUCACAGGUUGCCAAUAAAGAGCAGCACUUGAUUAAGAAAAAAAAGCCAUUAGCUAAAAUCAUGCCAGCUCCGGACCUUGGCCUCAGUGAAAGCAGCAGCAGUAGCAGCUCGUCAUCCAGCUCUGGCGGCGGCGGUGGCAGCAGCAGCGGCAGCAGCAGUCAUUCUAGCACUUCGGAUAGCAGUGAUUCUGAAUCAGUGCCAAAACCAAAGAAGACGAAAAGUAAAGACUCUUGCCAAAAGGUAAAGACGAAGUCAACGGUGACCAGUGCUGGCUGUGGCAAGCGGAUAUUGGGGGCGAAGGACUUGACAAAAGCCUUGGUCAAGACUUGCCAGCCCUCUCUUGCUGUGCAGUCCUCGGUGACAGAAACCAAAGGCCACCCAACACAUCGUAAUGUAGACCUGACCUAUGAUGGGCUGACUUUAUCUCCUCCAGAUCUGUCUGCCCUUUUAUCCCCCAUGGCAUCUCCGGGAGUUAUGCUGGACUGGACUGCCACCAGAUUUGAGGGCCCGGUGCUGUCCCCUCUAAGAGACAGCCCACUGCAGUCCAAAGAUGCGACCAGGUCCAAUUCCAGAUACCCUGAGGAUUUUCCUGACAGCCAGCUGACCAAUGUGCCUUACACCAACACAGCAAGUUACUCUGCUGAAGAGGAAAAAAAACUAAUUCCAAAAAAGGACAUUGUUUUGAAAAAUGCUGAGUCUUGGGCGAAGCUGGUGCGGCAGUCGGUCAGUGAGACUGCAAUAAAGUCCUCUAAGGAGAGCUUCCAGAAGUUCCGUAAGGCUGCCAUAAAAAAAGAAGAAUGCGAAAAAGCCCUGAAGAAGAAACAUAUGGAAGACAGCACAGAGAGGGAGGCUCCUGAAAAGAGCAGCUUACCAGGCCCAUGUGAAGCAGAAACAAAACCACAACCUAUUAAGGAGGAUCACGAUUCACCGGAGAGCAUUUGCACAGAAGUUACCCUGGAUGCCCCUAAAGAUGUGGAGCGGGAAAUGUCUCCCACAGAAUCACUACCUCUCACCACACAGUCCCCGGUGGACAGGGAAAGAGAGUUGGCCCGCAGAAAGGAGCAGGAACGUCGCAGGCGAGAGGCUAUGUCUGGUAUUGAUAUGACUAUGCAGCGGGACAUCAUGACUUCAUUUGAACUUAACCUGGACUAAAAGACUUCUUUAUGUCGUCUCGGUGAAUAGCUGGUGCUGCUGGUUUUUUUCUUGGCGCAAAAGACAACUUCAAAAUCAAUCGUAUGUACGUCCAGGGGACUAGGAAAAAAGAAAAGUUAACUGGGAAAAAAAGGCUCAAUCAAAUAUAAAUGGCCCUUGAUUUGCAUUUGAAAUGGAUGGUCAAAUGUCUGCAGUGAUGCACUGUUGAAUUUGAGAUGACUGGGGGAUACACUGUCAAAAUUUAUUUUUGGAUGUAACCUUCAAAGUGUGUUUUUCUGUUCUUUUUACAUGUGGACGAGUCCUCCUUCAGAUUACAGUUGUGUAUGACAAGCUAAUUCAUGCAUUCAUGCACUUUAGUUUGCCACAUAGUUUUGUUUGCUGAAAUGUGCAGUGUUAAGUUCUUUCUAUGUUAUUCCAUUUGAUGAACCCUUACCACUUAAAAUAUACUAAAUGUAGACAAAACUCUUGUUUAUGUGAUUACGUUACAUGCACUUAUGACUUUUGCUUUCAUUUGAAAAUUAUUUUGGACAAAAGUUAAUACAAAUUUUGACUAAAAAGGUUGGUAGGUCUUUGUCAAGAGUUUCCAGUGUGGAACUGAAGUUAAUAAUCUCAGUUCCUUAUUUGCCUGACUACUUGAAAAUGCCAUACAUGCGUUAACUGUACACGCACUGCACUUUGUUGUUCAUACAGUUCUGGCUGUUCCAAAGUUGCUUUUGGAGAUUAUCAACAUGUUCUGUAUGUUACAGUUGGUAUAAGCUAAAUAAAUA